AUGAGCAAGUUCACAUUACCAGCGAAUUUCUCUUACGAUGAUCCACUUCCAUUCACUUGUAAUGAAAACCCGAACCUGCCAGUUUCAUUAGCCAUGUACGGUAUUCAAGCAAGUUAUCUGAUCCUUGGAGCUGCUCUUAAUUUCCUUAUUGUUUUAACUAUUUUCAAAUCGAAAGGAAGUACAUAUCGGCAUAAUUCAUUUUAUAUUUUGUAUACAGCCGAUGCUGUUAUGGGAAUUUACAUAAAUCUCGCGGAAGUAUUCUUCGGCCGGCUUUUUAUUUACAUCACUCCAUUAUGCCCAAUUAUAAGUCCAUACUUCUUCUCGCCUUCUGUAGUGACAAAGUUUUAUUAUGCUGCUGUUCACUAUAGUUUGGGAUUCAAAACAUUCUCCCAAAUAUUCAUGAGUUUCAAUCGAAUGACAUGUGUCAUUCUUCCCAUGAAGCACCAGAAAUUAUGGAGAAAAAUAUUGACUCCAGUUUUGGUGACUUUGUUUAUCCUUCCAUUGGGUGUUAUAUGGAAUAUUUUGAUUUCGAGAGUCUACAUAAAUCCCAACGGUGCUGGUUUCUCUGUUAACUACAAAGAUACGAUUCCAUGGGCCAGCAUCUCCCUGCUUCAUCUGAUUCACUGUACCAUAUGUUUUGUGUUAGUGAUAAUCUUUUUCAGUGUAACCAUUUUUGGAUUGGCAACGCUGAAACAAAGGAUCAAGAGUGCUGAAAGAUCGUUGACCAUUGUUACAAUGAUAAUGGCUGUACAAACUAUGAUUUUCGCAUUUAUUCAGAUCUACUUUGCCUUCCUCGCUGUUUACACGCCCAGCAUCCGCGGAAUCCUUCUUAUGACUGUCUCCUUUGUCUUCGAUUCAAUGAACGUCUUCGGUCCAAUCGGAUUGAUUGUGAUGAGCCAACAACUUCGAAAGGAUGUGUUCCAUCUGAAGAGUGUCGAAACUCAACCAUCUUCAAGAAGUAUAUCUACCGUAUCUCAUCAUCAACCACUUUCUCGUGCAAUUUCUACAGUAAUCGCGCCUAUUUCUUCCUGA